GCCGCACGAGACGCCGCUCGCGCCGGCCGGGCUCCCGCGCGGACUACCCUUCCCGACGCGCCGCGCGAGGCGCCGCCGGCGGGCGGCCGAGGGCGGGCCGACGCGGGAAGGCAGCUCCGGACGUGAGGCCUGAGCGGCGCCCUCCCCCGGCCCGCGCGCGUCCUGCCGCCUGCCCGAGCCCGGGUCGCGCGGCGCGGGGCCUAGCGGCGGGCAUCGCGACCCGCGGCGCGAGCAGGGGCUGCGGCGGCCGCGCCGGGCGCCGGCGGCCAUCAUGGAGGUGAGCGGGCCGGAAGACGACCCGUUCCUGUCGCAGCUGCACCAGGUGCAGUGCCCCGUGUGCCAGCAGAUGAUGCCCGCCGCGCACAUCAACUCGCACCUGGACCGCUGCCUGCUGCUCCACCCCGCGGGGCACGCGGAGCCCGCGGCCGGGCCGCACCGCGCGGGGGAGCGGCCCAAGGGGCUCUCGCCGCCCGGCGCCAAGCGGCGGCGGCUGUCGGAGAGCUCGGCGCUCAAGCAGCCGGCCACCCCGACGGCGGCCGAGAGCAGCGAGGGCGAGGGCGAGGAGGCCGACGACGGCGGCGAGACCGAGAGCCGCGAGAGCUACGACGCGCCGCCCACGCCCAGCGGCGCCCGCCUCAUCCCCGACUUCCCCGUGGCGCGCGCCCCCAGCCCCGCGAGGAAGGGCUCGGGCAAGAGGCCGGCGGCCGCCGCCGCCGCCGCCGCGGGCAGCGCGUCCCCGCGGAGCUGGGACGAGGCGGAGGCGCCCGAGGAGGAGGAGGCGGGCGGCGACGGCGAUGGCGACGGGGACGCCGACGCGGACGGCGAGGACGACCCCGGCCACUGGGACGCCGACGCGGCCGACGCGGCCGCCGCCGCCUUCGGGGCCGGCCGCCCGCACGCCCGGGCGCUGGCGGCCGACGAGAUCCGGCAGAUGCUGGAGGGCAAGCCGCUGGCCGACAAGAUGCGGCCCGACACGCUGCAGGAUUACAUCGGGCAGAACCGCGCCGUGGGGCAGGAGACCCUGCUCCGGUCGCUGCUGGAGGCCAACGAGAUCCCCUCGCUCAUCCUGUGGGGGCCGCCGGGCUGCGGCAAGACCACCCUGGCUCAUAUUAUAGCCAACAACAGCAAGAAACACAGCAUAAGAUUUGUGACACUGUCUGCAACAAAUGCCAAGACAAACGACGUGCGAGAUGUCAUAAAACAAGCUCAGAAUGAAAAGAGCUUUUUCAAAAGGAAAACCAUCCUGUUUAUUGAUGAGAUUCAUCGGUUCAAUAAAUCUCAGCAGGACACCUUCCUUCCUCACGUGGAAUGUGGGACGAUCACUCUGAUUGGGGCAACCACGGAAAACCCGUCCUUCCAGGUCAAUGCCGCUCUUCUGAGCCGCUGUCGGGUUAUUGUUCUUGAGAAGCUUCCAGUAGAGGCUAUGGUGACUAUUUUAAUGCGAGCAGUCAACUCACUGGGAAUCCACGUCCUAGACUCCAGCCGUGCCACUGACCCUCUGAGCCACAGCAGCAACAGCAGUUCAGAGCCCUCCGUGUUUAUCGAGGACAAAGCGGUGGACACCCUGGCUUACCUCAGCGACGGGGACGCCCGGACUGGACUGAAUGGACUGCAGCUGGCGGUGCUGGCCAGGCUAAGCUCUCGGAAGAUAUUUUGUAAGAAGAGCGGACAGCCCUAUUCUUCCAGUAGAGUUCUGAUCACAGAAAAUGAUGUGAAGGAAGGCCUCCAGCGCUCUCACAUCCUGUAUGACCGAGCAGGGGAGGAGCACUACAACUGCAUCUCGGCGCUGCACAAGUCCAUGCGCGGCUCGGACCAGAGCGCCUCGCUCUACUGGCUGGCGCGCAUGCUCGAAGGCGGGGAGGACCCGCUGUACGUGGCGCGGCGGCUCGUGCGCUUCGCCAGCGAGGACAUCGGACUGGCCGACCCCUCCGCGCUGACACAGGCGGUCGCGGCCUACCAAGGCUGUCACUUCAUCGGCAUGCCCGAGUGCGAGGUGCUCCUGGCCCAGUGCGUGGUCUACUUCGCCAGGGCCCCCAAGUCCAUCGAGGUGUACAGCGCCUACAACAACGCCAAGGCCUGCCUGCGGAGCCACCAGGGGCCACUGCCCCCCGUGCCGCUGCACCUGCGCAACGCGCCCACGCGGCUCAUGAAGGACCUGGGCUACGGCAAGGGCUACAAGUACAACCCCGCCUACAGCGAGCCGGUGGAGCAGGAGUACCUGCCCGGCGAGCUGCGCGGCGCGGACUUCUUCAAGCAGAGGCGCUGCUGACCCCGGGCGGGCCGAGAGCGUCGCUGUCCUCGCGAAGAGGGCCAGGGAGGACGCGGGGCGGCUGCCCGGUGGGAGCUCAGACACUUUGUGCCGGAAACGUGAGGGUCCCGGCGGAGGCCCGGUCGCCCCGCCGGUCGUGCCGCGCGCGCCCGCGGUGGUCCCGCUCACGGAACCCCCGGCAGCUUCGUGCAAUGAAUCAAUGUUAUAAGGAAUUAUCUAUUUUGUCAUAGUAUUUAAGUCAUAUGUCAUUUCAGAAUUAAGUUCUGUAGGAUUUUUUUUCUUUAAAAAAAUGUAUAUUCUGGGUAGUUUCAAUUGGUAAAAAAAUGUAAUUGUGAUUUAAUACUGCAUAGUGUUUUGGGUAUUUUUUUUAUAUGCAAAGGUCUUACAAGCCAAUAAAACUAUUUCAAAGUAUCUUCACGUCUUUCAUGUCCUUCC